ACUGGAUUGAGUCAGUGGUAGCAAGGAUCAGUAAUAAAUAGCUCAAAUGCCUUCAAUAAACAUUGUGCUGGUACAUGAAUAGUUAGAUUUAAAUAUUCAGAUUGUAUCCAUGAAAUAAAUCCUGCAUAUAAAAUCUUUGAAAACUGGCGACAGCUCUGGGUGUGUAAAGUUUUAGAAUCCCUGAAUUACAUGAUACAAAUUUGAUUUGUGAAAAUUCAGACAAAUGACAAGUGAUGAGCCAAUAGGAUUCCACGAUUUCCCAUCAUGCGCGCUGUUUGUCAGUAAUGCUAUCCAAUCAGAGGGGUUAGUUUGAAGCCGCUCAGCAAAUCCGGCGCGAGCGCCCUCCCCUUCACAAGACUCUGACCCGAUGAAGAGCUUGGCCCUGUCUAUGGGAGAAAGAUCAUUUUCAGUGUCCGCACAGUUCUUUAUUUUACCCCGGGAACCUUUACUCAUGUCAGAAUUUCAAUCAUUUCUGAUUUAAGACGGUGAAUUGUUUAAGGGCGGAAAAAACUGGCUCUAAAAUGCCAAAGAAUUUACGCUGUGAAACACUGAAAACGGAAUUAUCGGCGCUCAUGUAAAGUCAUAUAUCCGUUUGAUUGUGUUUUUUUUAAGAAGAAGAAGAAGAAGCGAAUUUUGGGAUAAACUGACCACCGAUUAUAGAGCAGAAGUCGGACGGAGUCUGUGUACCUGCGGUAUUUUAUAAGAUUGUGUCCUAAGCAUGGGGGCAUUUUUGGACAAGCCCAAAACAGAGAAGCAUAAUGCCCACGGUGCAGGUAAUGGCCUGCGUUUUGGUCUGAGCAGUAUGCAGGGCUGGCGGGUAGAGAUGGAGGACGCUCACACAGCAGUGGUGGGCCUUCCUCAUGGCCUGGAUGACUGGUCCUUCUUUGCCGUUUACGACGGGCAUGCAGGUUCACGUGUGGCCAACUACUGCUCAAAACAUCUGCUGGAGCACAUUAUCAGCAGUAGUGAGGAUUUCCGACCUGGUCGAGACUCGGUGGAAGGUGUGAAAAGUGGAAUUCGCUCUGGCUUUCUGAAGAUAGACGAGUACAUGCGCAACUUUUCUGAGCUGCGUAAUGGCAUGGACCGUAGUGGCUCAACAGCUGUGGGCGUGCUGCUUUCACCUGAGCACCUCUAUUUCAUUAACUGUGGCGAUUCUCGUGCCGUGUUAAGCCGUGCUGGUCAGGUACGCUUCUCUACUCAGGACCACAAGCCCUGCAACCCCCGUGAAAAAGAGCGCAUCCAGAAUGCCGGUGGCUCCGUUAUGAUCCAGCGUGUCAACGGCUCCCUCGCAGUGUCACGUGCCCUCGGUGAUUAUGACUACAAGUGUGUGGACGGCAAGGGACCCACAGAGCAGCUGGUGUCACCUGAGCCAGAGGUGUUUGAGAUUCCUCGUGUUCCUGAUGAGGAUGAGUUUGUGGUUCUGGCUUGCGACGGCAUCUGGGAUGUCAUGAGCAACGAGGAACUGUGUGAAUUUGUGCGUUCUCGUCUGGAGGUGUGCGAUGAUCUGGAGAAAGUCUGUAACUCUGUGGUGGACACGUGUCUACACAAAGGCAGUCGUGACAACAUGAGUGUUGUGCUAGUGUGUUUGCCAAAUGCACCCAAGGUAUCGGAGGAGGCAGUGAAGAAGGAGGCAGAACUGGACAAGUUUCUGGAGUCUCGUGUUGAGGAGAUCAUGGAGAAGUCAGGAGAGGAAGGUGUUCCGGACCUGGCUUGUGUCAUGCGCAGUCUCUCUGCCGAGAACGUCUCAAACUUGCCACCAGGAGGUGGUCUUGCGAGCAAGCGCAGUUUAAUUGAGGCCGUAUACAACAGGCUUAACCCCCAUAGAGAAGAUGAUGGGAGUGGAGGUGACCUGGACGACCCGUGGUAGCCAGAGGACACCCAUGACUGCAGUCUUCACACAGGAAUGUCCUCAGUUCACACAAAAAGAAAAUCUUUACUCACAUUUUUUGGUUUUGAUUCCGAGAGAUUCAUAGGAAGUAUUCAAAGCCAGGACCGAAAACAGAAACGCAUCAAAACACUUCUUUUGACAUGAGGAAUCUACAGAAAUGGCAAGUUUUUUUUUUUUUUUUUUUUUUUUUUUUUUUUUUUUUAAGAACUACACCAUUGUAUGGUAAAGAGUAAAAUAAUUUCACUUUUUGUUUCAUACUUUUUUCCCCCCUUCCCACUGUAAGUUAAGAGUAAUGACGAGACUGAGGAUUUGUGGCUUCUUGAGCUGUAGGAGAGACUCUGGUCUUGACGGCUGGUGGACAAUCUACAGCACCAGCGAGAGCACUAAAAGGGAGAGGCGAGGUGUUUGAACCUCUGUCAAUGUUGCAGGGUGCUCUAGCAUGAUGAGCUUCCCCUGCACUUCCUCCACUGUCUCACUGUCAAGGCUCUACCCCUCUAUUUACGCAUGCACAGCUUUCCAGAGACCUGACCGAUAGCCAUUACUUAUUUCAGAGCGUUCACCAUGUUCAGCCGCCAAAUGCCACCAACUCUUCUUAAACCCUGCAUUUACACUCUUCUCUGAUUUUCUCUCGUUUGUCAUCCUGCUGCUUGAAGAUCCUUAUAUAUCCUUUUGCAUUUUGUUAGCAGUUAUAUUUUGUCAGAUACUAGUUUUGGUGUUUGCAGUCAAACAAAAAAAGUAGUAGCACUCAUUAGAACAAGCGUUAACUAGGACAUGUGCAUUCAGCAACUUGAGGGAAAAUGAACUUCUGUAGGGAGUGUAUAUAUGGUGAGCUUUUGGGUUUUAGGUGGCCUUGAGUGCUGACCUUCCACUUCUUCCUGUGGUGCUCAUGAUGAAACAGAUCUUCACAAUCCAGUUCUAAAGGACCCUGAGCUGAAUUCACAUUCUGCAGCCUUUGAUUUAAAUCUGUUUUAAUAAGUAAAAUCUAUUUUUGUGCAGUAGAAAAACUAGAAUAAUUGGGGCUCCAGAAGAACUGGCUUCCAAAUUCUCCUAUAAAACCUCCAAUUCUUAUCCUUUUGCUCGGUUUCUCAUUUCUCUUCUUGUCCUGACUUGUGGCUUGCCUUCUGAUAUUUUUUUUUUUCUUCCUCAAAAACAGUGUACUAUACAAAACCAUUUAACACAAAACAUUUUAACUUAAUUUUUAAGCAAUUCUGAAUUUUAAAGCUUUUUUUAUUAAAGCUUUUUUUUUGUUCAUUAUGAUCAGUGGUGUAAUUGUUAUUAUUUGCAGUUAGUUUUGGUUACAGGGGAAUAGCAUGACUUUGAAUAAAGUAAUUGAGAGGGUUAAGGUUGGUAAAGUAUUUCUAAAGCAACAACACUGAACUGCAUGCAUGCAUAUAAUAUUUUGAUGUUUGCCAGUACAACGGUGAGCAAACAAUCUUCCAGUAGAUCUCCAGUGCAUACUGAAAUGUUUCAUGGGUAAAUGUUUGCCCCACAAUCUACUCCACCCCUCUUUUUUUUUUUCUUGCAUUUUUCUUUGUCUGACAUUGGGUUGACUGUUCUUUAAUUUAACAGUAUUUUUGGUUUGACGUUAACCUGCCUGUGAGAAUGACUGGAAGAUCCUAGGCGUUUGGAGUUUAUUUGCAGGACACUUGGCUGUGGAUGAAUGUACCCCUUGUUUACACAUACACACAAACAUGCAUGUAUAGUGUUGAACAACUUUUAAUGUUGCUCAUGCCUGUCAUGCCUGUGUACUUACGUACGGUCAUGUAUGUAAGUAUCAAAGUAGCCUGAUUAUAUAUAGUAAAAUAUUACACACACAGGUGACGGAUUUAAAGGAAAUCAGUACGUCUGUUGUGCUGUGGCAGUCUAGCAUGAAAGAUGUAACAUUUCAUGUGCUAGACAUCACUCUUCUGUACCACCACCAUCAUCAAAGUGCUGACUGAGGUAAUAUCUUUUGUAGGAAUGUUGAUCAUCACUUGAGUACAGUUUCAGAGACACUGAGAAUAUGUGCCAAGUCAGAUUGAAGGUGUUUUGGCAGAUCAUGGUGGCCCAACACUCUUGAAAAUGCUUUCCCUUUAAUUUGUCACAGUUCUGUGUGAUAAUCAGGCUAUCUUGGUGCACAGUUGAUUUUUUUUAAUAUAUAUAUAUAAAUAAAAACAUUGAGCUCAAAUAAGAAUAUAAUAUAUAUAUAUAUAUAUAUAUAUAUAUAUAUAUAUAUAUAUAUAUAUAUAUAUAUAUAUAUAUAUAUAUAUAUAUAUAUAAAUAUUCUUAUUUGAGCUCAAUGUUUUUUUCCACUAAAGAUAUAAUUUGUAUUUGAGGCUUUGUAUCUUUCCCCUCCCUACUGAUUUUUAACUGACCUCACCUGAUCUGGUGUGCAGCUUUAAAAUGUGUGUUGUUCAAUUUGAGAUUAUUAUAAAUUUUUGUGAUAUAUAUUAAUUAUUUCCCACUGGUACAGAAAAAUUGUAGCCAUAUGCUGGAAAGUUUCAUUUUAUGAUGGUUUAAACUAGAAAAUAAAUGUGCUAAUUAAAGCAAAA